CACUUCCUAACAACUAAUAACCCAAGGAAACAGAAAGCCACAGAUUAGGUUAAUGAAAACCGAUUGGUUUUAAAAGGCAAAUACUAAAUAAAAAAUAAAAACUUGUUUUAAAGGAAUUGUUAGGGCUACCAGUAAUUGUGCCAUUGGUGAUUUUGUUAUUUCUUAAACUUUACCCCUCCAACACACACACACUGAAUAAGCCUAUAUAAUACCUACGGAUGAGAUAUAACAUUUUCUUUGUGUGAGAUUAUACUGCUGCAAUAGUGAAAUGAAUGUUUCAAAUAUUUUAACACGUCUUUACCGGGGGAUCCUGCAGAUGUGCCCUGCACAGUAUUUGGAAUAUUGUAACUGAACUUUGGUAUAUUAUUCAUUUAAAAAGUUUACUUCAGAACUUUAGAAACCCCUAAUGUGUUGUGUCUGGUCCAGAUUUAACGUGUGUUAAACCCAUAUGCUUUAAGUAUGUGUAGAUGCAGAGUAUAAAUUUGACCUCAUUUAACCGUGGCCUGGUUUUCUUUGGGAUGAGCUCAACUGGUUUUUGAUUUUAAGGGGUACAUUUUGACUGAUAUUCUUUUUUUCUUUGAUUUUUGGUUAAAACAAUAAAAAAAUGAAAGAAUUUUCCCUCGUUUGAUGAAGUUUCUGGGACACCCUUUCAUGUUUACCUAAAAUGGUUUUAUAGUUUUUUUUAUUGUUAUUCUUUGGAAAGGGAUCCCCUCCAUCAUUGGUUUUACCUCCUACUUGUUUGUGCUUAAAUGUUUUUUUUUGAACAUGUAUUUCUUUAAGAAGUAUAAAUUGUGGGCCUUCACCUUGUCUUUGCUAAACCUGUUUUCUUGUUAACUUAGCGUUGUCAUAAUUUAAUGCUUUAUAUCUAUAAAACUGAGAUUGGUGUAAUUUUAAAGUAGUAUGACGACUGUUAUAAAGAGUAUAUGUAUAUUCAGAGAAAUGAUAUCAUUGCUGCAAGACCAACAAGCCAUGUUGCUGAGACCUAUGAAAUAAAGUGAUUCUGAUUCUGUUCUACUGGAGAGAGAAUAGUCUUGUUUGUCCGCUUUCAGAGAUCAGCCAACAGAGGGCAGCCACCAAACAGCCUCUCUGACGCGAUCAAAGUCCAAAUGUUGGGUUUCAGACUCGGACUGAGCUCUCACGUGUUUCCUCCAAAGGUUGGGAAGCCAAAUAAUAAGCGGAGAGAGGCGAUGACAGUGCUGCUAGCCGGGGAAAUGUUGCCGCUGUAACAGGAAACUUCCCGAAGCGCCGACUGCGGUCCAGAUAACAUUUAAGGACAACAACUUCAGCUGCUCUGCGGCCAUCAAGUCGACGCUGAAAGUCGCUGCAUUCACCGAGUUACAUCAUCCUAGCGAGAAGAUUUAAUGUUUAACGAACCCAAGGCCUGCAUUGCACCGUUUUAAUCAGCAUUCCCAUCUGACGCUGAGAACAAAGGGACCGGUGAAAUGGAGGACGAUGAACGUGCUGAGUCCGAAGGUAGCUGGGGCAGAGAACUCCGGCUGGUCCUCGUCGGAAAGACCGGGUCUGGGAAAAGCGCGUCUGGAAACACCAUCCUGGGCCGCAGGCAGUUCCUGUCGCAGAUCAGUGCCAGCUCCGUCACGCAGACGUGCGAGCGCGGCGAUGCCCAGCUCGCAGAGGAAGUGGACGCGGGGCAGGAAGGCCAGGCUGCCCCGUUGAGGAAGAAGAGGAGGAUAACGGUGGUUGACAUGCCGGGCUUUGGGGACACUCACCUCAGUGUGGAGCAGACCCAUGCAGAGAUAGCCAAAUGCGUCUCCCUCUCAGCUCCCGGUCCACAUGCGUUCCUCCUCGUGGUGCCGGUCGGACGCUAUACAGUCGACGAGAACAAGGCCGUGUGCCAGCUGGCGGACAUAUUUGGAGCGGACGCUGUCUCCAAGCACACUGUGGUUUUGUUUACCAGGGGGGACGACCUGGACGGGAUCGGGAUCGAAAAGUAUCUGGGAGAGACCGCGCCUGCCGGACUCAAAGCUCUGAUUGAAAGCUGCGGCGGUAGAUACCACGUGCUCAACAACAGAGACCCAAGUGACUCGGCGCAGGUCAGAGAGCUGGUGAGGAAGGUGGAUGAAAUGGUGAAACGGAACAAUGGAGGCUUUUACACUAGUGCGGCGUUUUUAGAGGCGGAGGCCGCCAUCACCGAAGAGCAGGACAGGAUGCUGAGGGAGCGAGGGCAAGCCGAGGGAGACGGAGAGGGGCCCAACGGUACGAAACGAAGAAGGCGCGAGUUUCAGUCGGGCGAAGGAGGUGCAGAGGAUUUCAGGGUUGAGUUAUGGACGGAGCAAAGCGGGGGCAAUGCCUUUCAAAGCAUCAGAGACCGGUUCAGAGGGAGGAAUCAGGGCAGGACAGGCAGACGUCCCUUCCGUUCAUCCUCAAGUCGCCUGAGGAGGGAAGCUGCUCUCUCUGCUAAAGUCCUGGACAGGGUGAAGAUCCUGGUGGCCGCCGGAGCGACGGGCGUGGCGGUGGGGGCCAUCUUUGGAGCGGCUGCCCCUUUGGCGGCUGCGGCGGGGGCCUCUCUCGUAGGGAACUCCGUUGGUUUUGCUGCGGGACAGUUAGCAGGGAUGUCCGUAGCAGGGGGCGCCGGUGUCGGUAAGGCCGUAGGGGCCGUAGUGGCCGCGGCCUCUGGAAAAACAGCGGUGGCCCUGGGGGCGGCGACGGGAGGGGUCCUGGGCGGCUCUGUGGGAGUCGUUGCCGGCACCGAGGCCACAAGUGCCCAGACGGGCGCUUUAGAUACCCUGGGCCAGGUAAGCAUGAUAGGAGCCUCUGCUGUGGGGGUGGCAGCAGGAGUGGGGUGCGCCAUGGGAGCGGGAGCUGCUUUGGGCGCAGCUGUGGAGGGAGCAGCAGCCCUCACGGGAGCAGAGACUGCUGCCUCGGCAGCUCAAGGGAUUGCACCUGCAGCGGCUCAGCGUGCGGUGGCCUCCGCAGGGGGCGGAGCCGCAGGAGCUCCUCGGUGCGCCGCGGCCUUGGCUUCAAGCGUCCCAGCGGGGUCCGCGUGUGAGCUAGCAGGGCCUGUGCUCGGCCACCUGGGCGCCGUCACAGCAGCUACUCGAAUCUUAAACGCAGUGGCUGAGAUUGGCAAAGCGGCAGCCGGAAUCGCUCUAGCUGGGGGUUUGGUGGUGAAGGUGGUGAAGGAGAAAGUGCGAUCUGGCACCAGCACUGCAGAGGCCAGUUAUUCAGAGAGAAAGUCAUAUGAAGUCUACUGGAACAAAUAAACGGAGGCUUGAGAUCCCUGUAAAUUAGAUCAUAUUGAUGUUCUCUGAAUGGAGGUGCAGGGUGCACUGGCAGAUCUGGGUGAUUCACGUCU